GGGCCAGACCCAAAAACAGUGCUUUCAACCCGAUCUGCCGCGUCAACAGAUUUUUGGAAGCAAAAUGACUAAAAAGCCAUCACUAAUGACUAAAAAGGCAACAUUGGAGGGCAAACUGGGAACAUGGGAGUUGGCUGGGAAAAUGGUAGUUGGCUGCACUAUUUCACAUUGCAUGUUUACUGCUUAUAAAAUGGCAUGCAACUCUCCAAGCGAAGAGAUAGGCAACCAUGAGAAAGCUAAACGAGUGGAUGAUCAUCUCCUUUUUCAUCACUCUUUUCGGAGUCCUACCCCUGGUUUUAUCCGAUGCCGGCGUGGAUCCACCAACGGGAACCGCAUCGUAUUAUACUCCGACUCGUUUCUCACGAACUGCCUGUGAAGAGAAGAACGGUUCAGCGAAGCUGCCCGACUCAAUCUACCCUGUCGCAGUAAGUGACAGAUUAUGGGAUAGCGGAGCUGGGUGCGGGAGAAGAUUUAAUGUCCGGUGUAUUAGCGAGGGAUCACCUCAUUUCUGCAAGACUGGAGUAGUCAUAAAUGUGAGCAUUCAAGACAGGGCAAAAACGAUGCAGAGCAAAGCUUCGGAUUAUGAUGCUGAUAUGAUUAUCAUCCAAUCAGGUUAUGCAAAAAUUGCAUUUCCAAAUGCAAAGUCUGUUCCGAUUCAGUACGAGAAAGUGUAAAUCUUAAUUGGAUUUUUUUGUCUGUUCAUUUGUUGUUCAACUAUCAAGAAUUAUGUUCCAAAUAUAAUUAAAAAAUAGAAAUAAAUGGGCAUUAUGGUAGAAUAUAUUGUAUUCUGGUUA